AUGUCGAUGAAUGGGAGGGAAGACAGAGUAACCGGAAUCGAUCUUUCAGUAAGCACGUUUCAAGUUGAAGAAGGAGAAGAGCAAGCCGAUGGACAAGAAGGGAAUGGAGGAGGGUUCGAGGAAGAAGAAGAUGGUGAAAUAAAAGAAAUCGAAGAAAUUGAAGAAGGCGAUGAUGAUGAAGGAACAAAACCAGAAGAUUCUUCCUUGAAGCCAAGCUUGUGCGACGACGAGUUAUCUGCUUUAAAGAGUGAAAUGGGACGGAUGAAGGAAGAGAACAAGAUGCUGAAAAUGAUUGUGGAACAAACCAUGAAAGAGUACUAUGAUCUCCAACUCAAGUACCAAUCAGCGCAAAGAUCCAAAGCGGGCACAAGCGACCCAACCGCACAAAAUCUUCAAGAUCAGAUUUCUCUGUCUCUGGUAUCAAGCUCCACGGCUUAUGUGAGCAAUAAACAAGAACGAAAUGUGAAAGAUUCGCCACCUGCGGAAGUCAGGGAAGCCAAGCUACCUUCCACUGCCAUGGACAAGUCCAACGAGUUGGAGCUGUCUCUGAACAUUCAGAGGCGCAGCGGAACCGAAAGGCCUGCGGACGAGAAGAGAAAACAGGAAGAAGAGAGUGAGCUGAAGAUAUGGAGCCCAUGCAGCAAGAAUCAGAAGGUCGACCCCGUUGUACUCCCGAGCCAGAUACCUCCUCCUCAGUCGAGGAAAGCAAGGGUUUCGGUUCGAGCAAGAUGCCAGGGAGCCACUAUGAAUGAUGGAUGCCAAUGGAGGAAAUACGGGCAAAAAAUUGCCAAAGGGAAUCCGUGCCCAAGAGCUUAUUAUCGGUGUACAGUUGCACCAGGCUGCCCUGUUCGGAAACAGGUGCAGAGAUGCUUGGAGGACAUGUCGAUUCUCAUAACAACAUAUGAAGGAACUCACAACCAUCCUCUUCCCGUUGGCGCAACCGCCAUGGCCUCGACGACUGCAGCUGCAACUUUCAUGCUUCUGUCAGGGAUGAACUCCACAAGCACAGAGCGACCAAACCUUAGCAGCACAUUUACGUACAACCCGUAUGUGAACUCGGUUCUUGACAACAGUGGCAGCAGCAUCAUUCCUUCGCCUAAAGGGAUAGUCCUAGACCUCACAAAAACCCCUCAGCCCCCAUCAUCAUCGCCAUCACCCCCUUCCUCUUCGUUUCAGUUCAGUUCUUGGUUAGCCAAUAAACCUAGCAGUAGCAGGACAAUGGGCCAGGGCUACCAAGGAGGGCUUAGGCAUGAUUCGAGCUCAUCGAACGCACCAACAUUAGGUAAAUUACUGAAUGAUCAGGCUGGGAGAAACUGGCCUGUUGGGGAUCAGUCCGUGUCGGAUAAUGUGAGUGCUAUAGCUUCAGACCCCAAGUUUACUGCAGCCAUUGCUGCUGCACUGAGUUCCUACAUCAACCAAGGAGGCCACCUGCAAAGCACCAACUCGAGUGCCCAAGCAGAUGCUGAAGGGUCCACUGGCAAGAAAUGGUGUGAAUUGGAGAGGAAGAUUGGUGAUUGCAACUUCAUUGUGAACUUAUAUGUAGAAAACUUCCUGAGAUUCACGAGUAUGGACUUGGCAGUCAGCAGCGCUAGUGGAAAAAAUUGGAAACCUCCUAGGAGGACAUCAUUUUGUGAGAUGAACAUGCUUGCUGGAAAUGAAGAGAUGACCUCCCAGGAGUAG